GUUUUAGCCCGUGGCCGUUUUGAUUUGAAACUCCGUGGCGUGGCGGAUGAGCAGGUCAAAGCAGGUCAAAGCCUGUUUAGGACAUAACCUCGAUCAUGGCCACAGGAGGUACGUCGUCAUGGAAAGCAGUCGAUCUUACCUUCAGGAACGGCCACCCUCAAAUAAACGUAUAUAAUGAUGCUCAACUCUCCGUCUUGUCGCCUCGAACCACUCAGCCUUACCGCCUUUACUCCUCAAUCGCGCCCCUGCACCACGACACCGCCUCUGAUACUGCCUCCCACGACGACCAUGGGUCGAAAGAACAAUUGGUCGACGAAGAAGCACCGGACGAUCCCAAAGGACCUGACCGACAAGUGGACGACUGUCGAGUUGCGCCAUGACCGACAGGCCCAGACGAUCGCCGACGCUUUAUCGCAGCCCUUGGGUGUCCAUAUUCCACCCGUCGUACGCAACCUGCGCGUUCAUACUGUUCUGCAAGACCCUUUCCCCUGGGACCCGCCUAUAACCGGAGCCGACAAACUUGCAGACCGUGUUAAAGACGUGGCCACCGACCUGACGGCGGAGGGUAAGCUCAGGUGUCUUGCUAUCGACAUGACCCUCCUGUCGGAAGGUUGGCUGGUCGAUAGCGCGGCAAGGCCAAGUCACGUCAUGCUGUUGACGGACGAGGCCUCGCCGGAAAAGUCGUCUGCACUUUCAUCAUGCCCGAAGCUCCUCGAGAGGACAACGCACGUCGUCUUCGAGCCUCUGUGGCACGGCGCACGCUACACACUCCCGAAGAACGGCCUGCGCGGCCUGUUCCCGAAGAUGCAAUACCUCUGCAUCCAAAUGGACGCCUCGUCCGACGCCGACGAGGCCAUCGAACUAGUCCAAGAACUCCUUGGGUUACGCCACUUGGAGCAGCUCGUGGUGUGCAUGUGGGCUGCCCCGGCCUGGUACUGUUCUCGCAACGCACCGCUGUGGAGCGCCCUCAAGGAGGUCGCGAAGAGCGAAGAGAAGCUCUGCGUAAUUCCGCACGGCUGUUCCAUGGAAGCGGAAUGGCAGGCCAUGGUCGUCUUUUGGAGCACCGUCUUCGACUUGUCGGAGGACGAAAUGGAGGAGAAGUUGGAGGCUAUCAACAGUGACCAUGGCGACGAUUCGCAUGAUGAUCACCUCGCGCAAGAAGGACAAGAUGCUGAGGCGCCGCCACUCAGGUUCAACGAUGUUCUCAGUUUCCGUGAAAACACGCCUCUUGUAGCGCGCGGAGGAACACCGUGGUCCGACAUUGCGCAUGAGCGUUUCGACGAUCUAACGAUUCCCGGCUGGCCUUCCGCGGAAGAAGAUUUUCUGAAUAUGCUAGGUGCAUGAUUUGCGAAGCAGGGCUGGACUUCAGAGUCGUCGGAGACAGUAUGUUCUAUACACAUAUGUUCAGGCUGCCAUAUACGAGACUGUAAUACUAGGUCUGAUUCCAC